AUGAUUUAUGAUUUGAACAAAAAUCAAGAAUCUAUAGAAUUGGAUACGACAGAAGAAGAAUUUGAUAAUCUGUGUCACUUUCUUGCUUAAAUGAAAGAAAUAUUUAAAGACAAAGAGGAUAAUAUCGGAUCUAUGGAAGAUUUAAAAAAUUCAGAACAAUUUAAAGAGUUAUUCAAAGAAAUGAUAGAUGAGAAGAAGGUCUUGGAAUUGCUUACGACAGCUGAAUAUUUAGAUAUUCCUAAUCUAAUAAUAUUAUUAGCAGCCUAAUAUAGCGCUUUAAUUAAAGAUCAAAGAGCAUUUAUCACCACCGAUUGA